AUGACUAAUACAGGAUCUACAAACAUCGAGGUGCCAAUAUGUUUUGGAAACCUGGAUAAUUUCGACCCCGAUGGCCCGAAUCCAAGUGAGGCAUGGCGCAAAUGGAAACAACGAUGGCAGUUCUUCAUCGAUGCACAACCGGAAAUUCCCGACAAGCGAAAGAGAGCUUUGCUUCUUCAUCUGGCUGGAGAGAAAGUCCAAGAAGUGUAUUCUACACUGACGGAUCAAGGAACAACGUACAAAACAGCUUUGGAUGCGCUGGACGCACACUUCGGAGACAAGAAGAACGUUCCAUAUGAACGCUACUUGUUCCACAAGAUUGAGCAGCAACAAGAAGAAACGGUGGAUCAACUCAUGCAAAGACUUAAGUUGGCUGCAGAGAACUGUGAGUUCGGGAAUGAGAAAUCGAAUGUAAUAAGAGAUAAACUUGUGCAUGGGUGCCGAAACAAGAACUUAAGACGCCGACUACUUCAAGAAGAGAAACUCACAUUGGAACGAGCAGUACAACUGGCAAAACUGCUGGAACAAAGCGAUAAACAAGCUACUGUGAUGGAAGAAAACAACGGAAUCCAACGCCAAGAAGUAAAUUUGGUCGCCAGGAAGUCUAGGCCUAGAAUCGAACAUCGACAGACGCAGAAGAGGUGUACACAAGGAAUGCCACGUUUCAACAUAAAAGGUCAUCAAGAACCGAAAAUGUGUACCAGGUGUGGACAACAAGGACAUUUUGGAGAUUCAUGUCAGCGAACGCAAGGAAAAACAUGCAGCAAGUGUGGUUUGAAGGGACACUUUGCACGUGUCUGUCGUACGAAUGUCGGAAGAAAUCGACCAAGGUUCAAGACCUACAAUGUUCAAGGAGAGAUGGAAAGGAAUGAAACAACGGAACAUUCGGGCGACGAGUAUCAACUGUUCAAAGUGACAGCGAAAGACUGCCAUGAUACAGUCAUGGUGAAGCUAUACGAUGUUGACAUUCCAGCGGUUGUGGAUACGGGAGCUUCGCUGAACAUUAUCAAUGAAGCGCAAUGGAACAUACUUCAGAGACAUGGUCUCUACCUGUCCGAGACAAGUGCCAAGGUGUUUCCCUACGGAAUGGAACAGCCUUUACCGCUGAUCGGAAAGUUUACAGCGCCAGUUACAAAAGGAGACAGGCGAGUACAAGCUGAUUUCCACGUGAUGAAGGGCAAGUCGGUAUCCUUGCUAGGAAAGCAAACAAGCAUUGAUCUAAAACUCGUCGUACUACCACAAGACAGGGUAGAAGUUAGGCUAGGAAAGACAAGGAUGGAGAACGUCAUCGCGACAAACGCAGAAGUGUUUGAAGGCUUGGGAAAACUGAAAGACUACAAGUUGAAGAUUCAUGUAGACGAAUCAGUAGUGCCUGUAGCACAGCCACAUCGUAGAAUCCCCUUUCAGCUGAGAAAGAAAGUGGAAGAAGAGUUACAACGAUUGUUGAACGAAGGUGUAAUUGAGCCAGUCAAUGGACCAACCACGUGGUCAUCUCCCGUUGUGGUGGUGCCCAAAGCGAAUGACAAAAUAAGAUUAUGCGUGGACAUGAGAAUCCAGAAUCAAGCAGUAAAAAGGGAAAGGUAUCCCAUUCCGACUGUGGAUGACGUCUUAGAGGAGAUUGGUGAAGCACAAGUGCUGUCGGAAUUAGAUCAUAGAGAAGGAUACCACCAGAUUGAGUUGGACGAAGCAUCACGGGAUAUAACAACGUUUUCGACACAUGUUGGAAAUUUUAGAUUCAAGAGGCUCAUCUACGGAGUUUCUUGUGCACCAGAAGUAUUUCAGAAGAUUAUUCAAGAUGUGCUGCAAGGAUGUGAAGGAGUACGUAACAUCUCAGACAACACAAUUGUGUACGGGAGAAACCAAGAAGAACAUGAUGAUAGACUGGAUAGAGUGCUUCGCAGAUUUCGAGAGAAACGUCUAACGCUUAACAGAAGCAAAUGCCAUUUUGGGCUCAGUAAACUUAAUUUUAUGGGACAUACCAUUUCUGGCAAUGGCAUCAGUCCAAGCAUUGAGAAGAUUAAAGCUAUACGUGAUGCAAGGACACCCAGUAAUGCUUCGGAGUUGAGGAGCUUCCUUGGAUUGAUCAACUUUUGUGCUAGAUACAUACCACAUUUGGCUACAAAGACUACAAGGUUGAGAGAACUCAUAAAGAAAGAAGUCCGGUGGGAAUGGACAACGGAGCAUGAUGAAGAUUUUGCAGAACUUAAGAACUGUCUGACCGACAAGACUGUUUUGGCUUUCUACGAUAAAAAUGCACGGACAAGGCUCGUGGUGGAUGCCAGUAACACUGGAGUAGGAGCAGUUCUACUGCAAGCAAAACGAGGAGAGAUGUUCAGACCAGUCGUCUAUCUGAGCAGAGCAUUGACGGACAUAGAAAAGAAAUAUUCUCAGACAGAGAAAGAAGCAUUAGCAGUCGUAUGGGCUGUAGAAAGAUGUAGACUCUACCUGUACGGCGUGGAGUUUGAACUCAUAACUGACCACAAAGCUUUAGAAAUAAUCUACGGACCAAGGUCGAAACCUUCAGCUCGGAUUGAAAGGUGGCUGUUAAGAAUGAUGCCAUUUACGUACAAGGUGGUAUACCAGCCAGGCAAGAUGAACAUUGCAGAUCCGUUAUCAAGACUUAUGCAACAGAGAAGGGAGAAACAAAGGACUGCGACUGAAGACUACGUAAACUUUGUGAUCAAAGAAGCAACGCCAAAAGCACUGAGCGAAGAUGAACUUCGGAAAGCCACGAAAGGAGAUCCUGUUCUGCAGAGAGUACUGGACAAGGUACGGAAAGGACGAUGGGAACCAAACAAUGAAGACAGUGUCUACAAAAGAGUGGAGUCUGAGUUAUCGGAGAAAGAGGGACUACUCCUUAAAGGAACAAGAAUUGUAAUUCCCAGUGAACUCCAGGCAAGAGUGUUGGACAUAGUUCAUGAGACACACCAAGGCAUUGUUAAGACGAAACAGUUGCUGAGAACCAAAGUAUGGUGGCCAAACAUGGACAAACAUGUGGAGGAAUUGAUAAGACAGUGCCCAUCUUGUCAACUUGUAACAAUAGAAAAUCAACCACAGCCCAUAAAGUCGACUCCAUUACCUGCCAGGCCUUGGGAAGAGUUAGAACUUGAUAUUUGUGGACCUUUGCCAUCUGCAGAAUAUGUUUUGGUUUUGGUGGACUAUCAUUCAAGAUGGCCGGAAGCUGUGAUCGUCAAGACGACGACAACCAACGUGAUAAUUACCUGGCUAAAAGAACUAUUUGCAAGAUUUGGUUACCCUAGAAGUAUCAAGACGGAUAAUGGACCUCAGUUUGUCUCGAGAGAUUUUGCGGAAUAUUUACAGCAGUGCAACAUAAGACACGACAGGACUACACCUUAUUGGCCGCAAGCGAAUGGCGAAGUGGAAAGACUGAAUAGAUCUUUCCUGAAAGCACUGAAUAUUGGUCGACUACAGAACCGGAAUUUAAAAGGCAUGCUUUUGAGUUUUCUUCAAGCAUACCGAAGUACACCACACUGCGUGACAGGAAGGUCACCAGCGGAACUUCUAAUUGGAAGGUCCAUGAGAACAAAGCUUCCAGAGGUAAAGAUUGAGGAGAAGCGAGGAAAUGUCAAUGUGCAUGACAAAGAAAGGAAGUUGUAUGAAAAGCGAUAUGCGGACAGGAGGAGAAGAGCGAAGGAAAAGGAUAUCCAAAGAGGAGACGAAGUAUUGAUAAAGAGAAUGACGAAGACGGACAAGUUGAGUACGGAGUACUGGCCGAAGAGGUGGAAAGUUGUUAAUAGAUAUGGACCAACAAUAACAGUGCAAGACAAUGAAGGUGUUGUGCGCAAGCGAAAUGUAACCCACGUAAAGAAGUUCUUCGGUGGAAGACUUGGCGAUACUGAGCAGUAUGAGGAUGUAUUUUGUCCACACACCGCAGAUACAUCAGAACCAGAAGGGCAACAAGUCACACAAUGUGUGCCGGCACAGGAAAGAUCCGAAGUUACGGAACGAGCCGGAGGAACAGAAACAUUGGUGAACAGGCCGCGGAGGCAGGUACGCCAACCAACAAGAUUUCAGGAUUAUGUGCUCUACCGCACAAACUUUUAUUAA